AUGGGGGUUGCCACCGGCGGAAGCGGCGGCGGCGGCCCAGGAUGGGGAGCAGGCGGCGGCGGCCCCGGUUCUGGCCCGGGCCCUGGCGGUAGCGGUGAGAAAGGCCCGGUGGAGUCGGCGCCGGGCCCGCCCUAGGAAGUCGUAGUGUGGAGCCCCGAGGUGGAAGUGUGCCUCUUCCAUGCCAUGCUGAGGCACAAGCCUGUUGGUGUGAAUCGUCACUUCCACAUGAUCUGCAUCAGGGACAAGUUCAGUCAGAACAUAGGGAGGCAGAUCUCCUCCAAAGUCAUCUGGGACCAUUUAAGUACUAUGUACGAUAUGCAAGCAUUGCAUGAGUCUGAGAUUCUUCCAUUCCCUAAUUCAGAGAAGAACUUCAUCCUUCCUGAAGAAAUUAUUCAAGAGGUCAAAGAAGGAAAAGUGAUGAUUGAAGAUGAAGUGAAGGAAGAAAUAAAAGAAGAAAUGGAUUCACACACUGUUUUUACAUCUUCAGGAAAUUUGGGUAAAGGAGCUGAAAAGUCCAGUGGCAAAGAAAAAGAAAAGAGCUCAUCAGAUUCUGGAUCUAAAGAAGGUGCAGACAAGAGGAAACGCAACCGUGUCACGGAAAAGGUCUUAAAUGCAAACAGCAAUCCCUCUAGCCCAAGUGCAGCCAAACGUCGGAGAACAUAGACAGGCCGUUAUUAAUAACUUAGAGAAAAAUAAGAAGGAAACAAAAAAUGAUGAUGUUUACUUUAGUGGAAGGAAUUUUUGACAAGUUUUUAUUAAAUUACCCCAAUUGUUCAGAUGGUACAUAUUGUCAUUUUUGCUAAUCAUUGGAAAGGGAGCAUGAAAAGAUUAGCAUGAGGGAAGAGGCUGAGAAAUGUAUCCUAACU